CACACAGAUUCUGAGUAAGGCUAAUGCAACUCGCUAGGCUAAGAUACGUAGAAGUCUGGAGAACUGGCAACACAAUCAGUGGAAAGAAGCAUCUGACCAGGGGCAGGAAAGGCAGUUUGCUACCCAGUCUAAUAGACUGCAGGGAUUUUAUACUUUCAGCAUGCAAAACAUCCGACAGGCUGCUUCUGAGGCAUUCUGUCGCCUAGGUCUAAAGCACAAGUACCUUGGAUAUGAAACAUUGUCUGAUCUAGGAGAGCCACAGUUUCCUGAUGACACAGUUCAGCCACAGUGGUUCCACACUCUACAUUUCCAAAGGCUGAGGGUUCACCGGUCACGAAGCAACAGUGAUCCUUUAGGAGGGAAGAUGUAUGCACCAGGAUUCCACUGGAGAAAUGGGCUUCAGUUUGGAACAGCAUCGUCUUAUCUCAGCUUGGAAAAAUUGGGAGAGGGUGCUUAUGCCACUGUCUAUAAAGGAAUCAGCAGAAUCAAUGGUCACUUGGUUGCUCUAAAAGUCAUCAAGAUGAAAACGGAGGAAGGGGUCCCAUUCACAGCCAUAAGGGAAGCAUCACUUUUGAAGGGACUUAAACAUGCAAAUGUAGUCCUUCUGCAUGACAUCAUACAGACAAGAGAAACACUGACCUUCGUAUUUGAGUAUGUGCACACAGACCUAGCACAAUACAUGGUCCAGCACCCUGGAGGACUCCAUCCACAUAAUGUGAAGCUGUUCCAGUUUCAGCUGUUGCGAGGUCUGGCCUACAUCCAUCGUCAGAGAAUUCUGCACCGUGAUUUAAAGCCACAAAACCUACUUAUCAGCUAUCUUGGGGAGCUGAAAUUGGCUGAUUUUGGUCUGGCUCGUGCAAAAUCAAUUCCCAGCCAAACCUACUCUUCAGAUGUGGUAACGCUCUGGUAUCGACCUCCAGAUGUCUUACUUGGAGCGACAGAUUAUUCCACUGCUUUAGAUAUCUGGGGUGCAGGAUGCAUAUUUAUUGAAAUGCUGCAAGGAUUACCAGCUUUCCCUGGAGUCACAGAUGUCUUUGAUCAGCUUGAAAAAAUCUGGACAGUUCUGGGGGUGCCAACAGAUGAGACUUGGCCUGGUGUGACAGGACUACCCAACUUCAGGCAAGAGUGGCUCAUAUCUUGUACACCACAAAGACUUAGGAAUGCAUGGAAAAGGUUAGGACAAGUGUCAAAAGCUGAGGAUUUGGCCAUUGAAUUACUACAGGUAUUUCCUAGAGACAGGAUUUCAGCAGAAAAUGCCCUUCACCAUGAUUACUUUAGAACUCUGCCGUCUCUUGCGUAUCAGCUGUCUGACACUGCAUCAAUUUUCUCCCUUCCUGGACUUAAAAUGGAAACAGAAAUGCAUGACCUUCUGGGAACAGACCAAAAUGCACAAACAUCAACAACAUUUGGCAAAUGCUGGUGAAUCAAUACUGCAGUUAUCAUCAGAAGAAUACAAUGAAAGUAAUUUUGCACUCUUGAGACAAGGAGCUAAAAGUAGCAAAGAGAAAGCCUGUGACUCGAGACCUGUGCACAUGCAUACAGAGAGCAGUAAAGGAAUUGCGCACAUUCUUUGCCUCCCCUUUGCAAAUUUUAUUAUACUAUCUACAGGGGUCUAAAAUAUAAAGCCUAAAAGCAUUUCACCAAAUAAGUUUCACUACAAGCUUUUCUAAUGAAAAUUCAGGCAGCUAGUUUAACAAGUAUAAUUUUGAUCCUUGGACGGCACAAAUAUUUAUUAUCUGGUAGCAAUAGGCCUCCAAACUGAUCUCCAUCUUAUGAUGGUACAUGACACAAAUAGCCAUCGUGAUAACAUGGAGAACAAGCCUGAUUAUUCCAUGUCUGUACAGAAAAAUAUUAUUGUUGUCCAGUGAUAAGAUGUGGGCUAAAUUAUUUACUAAAAUAUUGUUGACUUUACUUACGUGAUGUGGCCAGAUGUGCUCACGUCUCUAACCUUGAAUCUCAAUUCUGAGACAUUUGCCAUUUGUGAGAAUCAGAAGUUAGAGAAUACAACUGCUUUCAUUAUGUUGCUACCUGUCAAAACUUGAUAUUGAGCAAGUGACAAAUGCAUCUGCAACUUUGAUUAAUUUUCCUACUCAUCCUAGAGUCACAUUUUAUAACUACCAUGACUCUAGUGUCGCUCCCUGAAAUGAAAAAUUAUUUAUAAGGGGUACUGUUUCUGGUCACUUGUUAGCACUUCCCCAUGAACUUUAUGGUCCACCUGCAUCUGCUGCAAAACAAAGCUGACAGUCUCUGCAGUCCAUCUUACAAUGUUAAUAUUUCUGUUGUACAAGACUCAAUAAAGUGAUUUGUUUUAGCAUAAAAUCACUUCUGGUUCAACAUAUCCAGUCUCCUUCCAUAGUACAUUCUAGAUUGUGUUGUGCAAGACCAGUACAGAAGAAAAUGAAUGAGGUUUCUUCAGAAACAUUUGAAAGUGGUCAUGGCUUCUGUGUGCUGUCCAAUCAGACAGUGAUGUCAGAAGGGGUGUAAUGAUGGAAGUAGUUACUGUGGCUUCCAGUGGUAAACUCUUCACACAACACAGCAAGAUCUGUCAUGGGGUAUUAUCAGUCUUGCAGAUAUAUACAGGUUUUCAUCUAAUAAUAUGUUUUCCCUCCUGUGCCACAUUGAAUUAAGACAUAAUAUACUUCACUGUCUGUAGUAUGAACUUACCACAAGACAGAAAUGUAGCAAGAGUAUGUGCUCCUAUGUUGUUCAACAGCUCUGAAACUGGAGGUCUGAAUGUUUGAGAAAGAAGACUUGAAACAAGAGGGUGUUGUUGGCUUGGAACAGUGAGGAUGGAGCUCCAUGUCAUCUACUUGCCAUUUUGUGACAUCACUUCCAGGGAACAUAUAAAAUUUGGCAACAAAAGACCUUUUUUUCCUAAAUGAAAGAAAUUAGCAUGCUGAAGGAUUAUUUUUAGAUUAUGGAUAACAGUAAUAAUACCACAUGUCGUGAAUGAGACACUUGAUUAUUUGAUUGCCACAUUUGACUCAUGCAUGUUUUAUUAAUGCUUUGUUUCUAGGCUUCACUCAACUGUGAUAUUGAUUAAAUUCACUGGGGUAUGAGGAUAUAAAGUGCAUUGGCACUUUGUCCCUUUAUAUUUAGUAGAGCUUGAUCUGUUGUUACUGUUGUUUGAUUGUAUCUCAUGUGCCAGCCAAAUCAUUUAGAACCCUGGAUAUAAAUCACGUUACCUUCUAAUCCUACAUCACCAGCCUUGCUUUAACUAGCUGUUACAGAUUACUGGGAACUAGGGCACAGUGAUACGCUUCAGUACUUGCUCAGUAUUCGCCAGUGAACAUAGUCAAAGAAAUGGGAUUCCAACUCAUUCCCAUGAUCCCUUGUUCGACAUUUCUAUUCAUUAAUUAACUAAUUGUAAAACAUUUGUAAAACAUUUGUAAAAAAAAAUUCUUCUUUUUUCUGUUUUGUAUUUUACUCUGCACUUACCAUCAGCUAUAUUUUUGCACUUUAGUCCCCUUUCUGUACUGAAUGUUUUUAAAGUCCCUGUGCAGCUGUUCAGUGGUCUAUUGUGGACUUGUUCUGGAAGUUUGAUGCAGCAGUGUGGUUACAUGUUGCUGGCAAAGUUUCCUGUGGGUCAAGAGUUGACCCACUCCAUUUACCCCAUUUUUUUACUGCUGGAAUUGUGUAAGGUGUAAACAUCUCAUGGCACUGCUACACACACCUUCUUUUGGUAUAUGAUUUUCUCCCAGUUGCCUUGGUCUCAUGUCAGAAAUACUGUAUUAAUAAUUAUCAGCCCCCUGGGGGUGUUCUGGAUUUAUCCAAAAUCUGCAUGUUUUGUCAUUAAGGUUGAAGUCCAGAUGAGUAAAUCUUUCUCGGAAUGGGUAACUCUUGUAUUUCCAUGAUUGAACAGUGAUUAUUACUAAUAUACAGUGAAGUUAUUUAACAUGUCAUUUUUUUACAUUUAUCUGAAUGACUGUUAUAUAAUGGUGCUUUCAAUUUGCACAGUGUUUCCACAGAUAUAAGCAGUUAUUUUUUGAUGUGCUAGUCAUACACGCAUUUCUGUAUAUGCAGACCUAUAUGUAGUACACUGGUCAUGAGUUGUUUAUGUCACUGAUCUGUUUUAUUAAGAGAUCGUCAUUGACCAGUAAAAAAAAGUAAACAUUUUAAAGAAAAAAAUGUUAAUCAGGUAAGCCCACUGGACAGAGGUUCCCUUUUUAGCACUGACUGUGCGAUUUGGUGAUUUUCUUAGAGUUGCACAGUAGACAGAUGAAAAUUGAGGUAAUCAAAUCCUGAACUAUAGGCAAAAGCUUAUAGUGGUAAUCCUCUGUACUAACCAUCAGACUUCUAUGAAAUAAAUUUAAUUGGAAAACUGCACAUCAAAAACCACAUAAUUUUCUGUUUGUGGUCUACAAACGGAGGUACCAUCUUUUUUUAUGCUACAUAAUUUCCAGAAUUUGCCACCAGUCUCUUAAUGGCAACACAUUCAAUUUUAUUUAUUUACUUAAGUGUUCAGGGGAUUUGAUGAUGAACUGAUUAGUUAAACAGGUGUGUGAGUGAACUGAUUAGUUAAACGAUCUUUUUGUGGCAGUAAUGACAUUUUACUAUUGUCUGCUUAUCCAUUCAGAAUUCAUACUUUCCAAAGUGCAAGAAGUUACUAAUAGUAUCUUGCAUCUCACUUCCCCUUCUGUCUGAUGAAUGACAGCUGCCCUCCAUACACUCAGUUAUUCCCAUCUUGUCUACAAUUCCAACUUCCUUUCCUGAUCUGAGGUUUUCAGCAUUUUGGCCAGAUAUUUCAUCACUAUAGCAGCAUCUCACCUAUCACAAAGUCAUUUGAUGUAGUCUGUACAGUGUAAACUAGUCAAGUUAAGGGUGACCAUUUGAAAUGUCAGGACUUGCUAAAGAGAGUCCUAAAAUGCAGAGACUGAAUGGGUGAAAGAAAGGAUUAACAUUUACAAAGUCAGAGAUGCCAUUUCCUAGAAUAUUCCCUAUUCUCCAAGGUCUGGCGAUCUUGGGAAGGGUGCAGGGGGAGGCCUGCCCCCUGCAAAAAGAUGUUUUAAGGAAAAAAGCGAUUUUCAAGAUUUGCUCUUUUCCGUGUGUUUGGUCUUUUUUUUUUCCACUACUUGGCAUUUCAAGUGCCGACAUUUCAAUAAGGAGCCCAUCUUAAGUAAAUAGCUCUAAAUGGCAGCAUGCUAUCCCACUGACUUCCCUGACAUUUUUCAAAUCUUAAUUAAUUGAUGUUUGUAGUGGAUAAAACAAAUCAUUUCAGGCUUCAGUCUAAAAAAAAUGCAUAUUUGCAGGGGAACAAGUAAGAUGCACCCCAUCUUUAGGGGCGGGGCUUCACCCCCACAUCCCUUAUAUUAAUUCCACAGUCACACAACCAUAAAGAAAAAAGAAAAUCCCAGACUCUUAAAAUCAUUGGCAGUGCAUAUGUAGAAACUGCACCAGCAGUGACUUGUUAUGUAAUUAGCAACUGGGCAGUUCAGCAUCAAGGAAUGGAAACCAAUACGUUUAAACUCAUCUGUUGUAGACUUGAAACCCUGUGGUGGAACCAACCCACUCCAUCAUGUUAUGACAGCCCUACAAGUCAGCAAUCAGCUUAUUUUUUUAUACUAAAACCCAGCUCCUAAGAGGUCACAAGCAUCCUUUAAUAAAGAGUGCGGCUUUUGUGUUCACUUUUGGAAUGGCAGAAUCAGAUCUGAUGAUGUGUUAUCCUUUUCAUUAUAUUUUCUACAUUUCCCUUUUCAUUUUAUUUGGUGCUUAGAAUGAACUAGGUAAAAAUAACACCUUGUGAAAAACUCUGCUAAUGGAACCUCUUUUAUAGUUCUACAUGUUAUGUUUUCCUUCUAACAUAUCUCCAUUCUGAUUUCAUAAAAAGCUCUGAACACACAAUAGGUGUCAAGGAUAGGCUAUGUCCCACUUCCCCAUCUGAAGAUAUAGCCAGCACAUACAAAGUUGCUGCUUCUGCUCUUUUUCACAUGUGGCAGCAUCUGUUAACCAAGUCCUUUUUUUCAAUUGUGACCCAGAGUGGCUUUGAGUUCUGUAGUAACAGUACUUAGGAAAAUGCUUUUGCUUCCUCUCCAUUCUGAAAUCAGUGCUCUUUAUCUUUCAGGGUUGUCCCUCUUCCUAUAGCAUGUCCCUGCAGUGUCUUAAGCUAUAUGAUGUUCUGUCUAUAUUAUGACUCCAUAUCUCCUCUUCCAUCUGAACCGUAAACCUUUAAACCUGUCAGCCUUUGUUUGCAGUCCAGUUCACUUCAGUCAUUUUGGUCUCUGCCAACAAGAAGACAUUAAUCUUCCUCUAACUGCUUACCUUCCUCGGGUAUGGUCUCCUGAUCUGCAAACAGUAUUCUAGAUACUGCUUAUUGUGAUACAGGCUUAUUGUGCCUGCUUAUUUGAGCUGUUUCUUUCUGAAAUUUGUGUGCCUUGUUUGCUGUAGCUCAGA